AUGCCAGAGGAAACAUUGCCUAGCAUUCUUUUCUUUCAAUCGCCUCUUGUCUUCUCGUGCCGUUGCGCCACGGUGCGCUCGUUAACAGCUCCUUCCAACGACGCAGAAGCAGCGGAGGUCAUCUGCGCGUGGUGCGGCGGCGGAUUCGUGGAGGAGUUGACGGCUGGCAGCGACAUCGACGGCGGGGAGCACGGCCGCCACCACAGAUGGAGCCACCGCGGAUCCGACCACGCGCGCGCUGCUGCUGCUGGCGCGCCCGUGAUUGACCUAACAGAGGAGUACACUGGCAACGCGCAUGUCGGCAACGCGCAUGCCGGUGCGUCGAGCGGGUUCGCGAGGGAGGCGCGUGAGAGCGCGUUCGCGUGGGACGGCGAGAGCGCGGGCGAUGCGGAUGUCAGCGCAGGCGAGACGGCCGGGGUCGCCGCCGGCGCGUCGCUCCGCCCCGAGCGGCCCUUCCGCGGAUCCGUCCGUCGGCGGCACGUCGGCGUGGGUGCUGACGUCAGGUCCCCAGGCCCGUCUGCCGGCGAAGCAGCGUUUCGGGAGGCCAGCGGGUGGGGCGUGAGGGCCGCCGACGAUGACGGCCGCGCUGCUGCUGCUGCCGGUGGUGGCGUUAGCCGUAGUGGCAGCGGUGGCGGCGGCGGCGGCGCUACCAAUGGUGGUCCAUCUGCGACCGCUGCUUCCGCGUCCGCUGCGGCUGGAGCGAGCGGCGAGGCGGAGGAGGGCCACGGCGCAGCGCGGAGGCUGGAGGGCGCGUAUCUGGGGCUGGCGAGGAUGCUGCGAGACAUGGAGGACCGCGUUGACCCCGAGCGACUCGCUGACGUGGCCGGCAGGGAAGCAACGUUCGGUGCUGCGUACGGCAGAGGGGGACUGGGGGGAAGGGCAGGGGGAGCGGCGUCGGCGCGGUUGCGGCGCCUGCUGGCGCGCCUCGAGUCGCUCAACGCCAUUGUCGGCGGGCAGCUGUUGGGCGGCGCCGCGGCGGGCGGCGCAGCGGGCGGCAUAGCGGGCGCGGUGGGGGAUUACUUCUUCGGAGACGACUUCGACGCGCUCGUCGAGAGAAUCUCCGCCGACGACGCCGUCAGCACGCGCAACCCGCCCGCCUGCCCGGCGGCCGUCGAGGCGAUGCUGGUGCGCGUGGUGACCGCUGCUGACGUGGCGCAGCGGGAGGCGGCGGGCGAGGGCGAGCACGGGGAGGGCGGCGGGCUGAUGGACCCGUGCGCAAUCUGCAAGGACGACUACGAGCAGGGCGCCGUCACGCGGCAAAUGCCAUGCCGCCACGUGUACCACUCCGAUUGCCUCCUGCCGUGGCUGCAGCGCCACAACACGUGCCCCGUCUGCCGCUUCGAACUGCCCACCGCGGAGGCGCAGGACGCGCAGCAGCAGGGGCAGGGGCGGGGGGCGGAAGGAGCAGGGGGGACCGGCUCUGGCGGGGGAGCGGAAGCUGGUGGCGGUGGCGCAGCAGGGGGAGGCGAGGGGGAGCGCGGCGACGUUGAGUGGCACGAGAUGCAGUGGGAGGGCGGGGAGCGCGGCGGGGGGGAGUGGGGCGGCGGGGAGAGCAGGGACGGGGGCGGCGAUGGGUGGGACAGCACGGAAAGCGGGGAGAGGGGCCGCGGGGGGUGGAGCGGCGGAGUGAGUGGAGAGGAGGGGGGCGGCAGCGGGUGGGAAGGCGGAGAUAGCGAAAGGGAGAGCGUGGGGUUCCGGUGGGAAUGGACGGAGAGGGAGCGGGAGCGGGAGAGGGAGAGGGAGAGGGAGCGAGAAGAGUGGAGGGAACGGGCGUGGGAGAGGGUGAGGGAGAGGGAACGGGAAAGGGAGCGGGAGCGCGGGGGACUGGGAGUGCGGGGAGUGUUGGGGCAGUCAGCGGCGGCGCGCGCGCUCAACAGGAACAGCAUCGGCACCCUGACCACCCUGGUCUCCCUGGGCGCCUCCAGCAGCGCGCGGGGCUCCCUUCCGCGGGAGGCGGGGCGCGCGGGGAGAGGGGCGGAGUGGGAAGGGCGGACGCGGUGGGGAUGGGGGAUAGGGGGGGAUGCGGGUGGGGGUGGCGCGGGUGGCGGGUGGGGGAGGGGCGGGUUGGGAGGUGCGGGGUGGGGGCUGAGGGGAGGGCGCGAGAGGGGCGUGAGGGAGGAGAGGGAAUGGGAAAGGGAGAUGCGACGAGAGGUGAUUCGGAAUUGGGGGAGGGAGGGGGAGAGGGGAAGUGAGAGGGAUAGCGAGAGGGAAAGUGAGAGGGAGAGUGUGAGGGAGAGCGAGAGGGAGAGCGAGAGGGAGAGUGUGAGGGAGAGCGAGAGGGAGAGCGAGAGGGAGAGUGUGAGGGGGAGCGAGCGGGAGAGCGAGACAGAGAGGGAGCAGGGGAUGGACGUGCAGUGGUGGGGCGGGCAGGGCUGGUCCAGGGGCGCCCGUGUGGCGUCUUCGUCCGCCCUGCGCCACCACCGCCACGCCUCCCCCGCGCGCCCCGCCUCUCCUGCUCGUGCCGCGCCAGAGGCUCCCACGGGGGCAGCAGCCUCUACCGGUGGGUUGGCGCAGCAGCAGCAGCAGCAGGGGCAGCAGGGGCGGGAGGCGCAGCGAGUGAGUCCGCGGGCGGGCAGGCAAGCGGGGCGCGGGCUGUGGGGUGGCGCGGGGCAGAGGCAUGCAUGGGCGGACGUCACAGGGGGGACGGAGAGGCGAGGGGGCAGCAGAGGAGGCAUGGAGAGCAGCGUGAGGGAGUGGGGUCGGCCGUGGGAGGCGCAGCCGCACAGCGGCGAGGCGGGCAGUGCGUGGUGGCGACAGGCAGUUGCAGAGGGCGCAGGUCCCAGCCCAUGGCCGCCGUCCCUCCCCCCCUUCCCUCAGCCCUCGGCCCCCUCUCGCUGCAUCCCCCCCCCAUGCAUGGCACGCCCCCCCCCUCCCCUCGCUGCACACGCACCUCUCCUCCCCCCCCCUGCGCUCCGCUCCUCCCCCCCGCCUGCCCUCCUCGCCCUCGUCCGUCUGUCCGCGCCCUCGACUCUCUCCCCGCUAUGCCUCCCUACGCACACAGCCCCACCGACCGCCCUCACCACUCUGAAGUCCCUCCACUGA